UAGAUGGCCACAUCACAAACUGUCAACUAUAAUGGGAAAUAUAAAUGUUUAUAUAUAUAUUGUAAAGGAUGUUUGUGUCAAGGUUGUACUGCUUUAAACUGUAACAAAUUGUAAAAAUACUGUUGCACGGAUGAGAAUCUAUUGAAAACCAUCAUUUAAAAUAAUGGCAAUUACAAGAAACUAAAGCACAUUGUCUGAAUGCAUUACAGUAAUUACAGUGUUUCUUUUGCAUUAUAGUAAUAAUGAUUAUUGUCAUGAAGAUAAUCUUACUGCUCUUAGUGGAAAAAUAUCUUAAUGGCUCUGAAAAUAGGCUUAAUUUUCUUUAUGAAAAAUAUUCUUUUGACUGAGUUGAAAUGUGACCUGGACAGAUGAUCUGCCACUUGCCCUGUUCACUAGUCUAGUCUACCUGAAGCGGUGCGUGAUCUGGUUCUCAUGUGGAUCUGGUUCUCGUGGGAGAGCCGCCAUGACGAUGAGCGCCGUUCCCUUGGAAACACGCUUUCUGAUUCCUCUGCUCAGAGUGUUUCUGUCGCAACUGUAAAAACUGAUUUAAACUGCAGCUUUGUUCAUAUUAAAUCAUAUAUGGACAUAAUUUUAGUGACACAAUAUCACUUAUAUUUUAUUGUUGUAUAUUAUGCUUUUAUAAUGAGCCGUUUACAGGACUGUAAAAUCUUCAUGCUCCGCUGAUGAUGAACAGGUUGUUUCCAGAGUCUCCUGAUGAAGAUCUGAGAGGAAACAGAGAAUUGAACUGUUCCUGUCACUGCAGUCCAAACAGUCUUCAUUAAUGAUCAGUCGGACUCUGUCUCCAUCUGUUGGUGAGAAGAUGCAGCACAGGAACAGUGUCUUCAGCUGCACAAAGGAAAAAAGAUGACAAGCACAGGCAUGCAGUGAUGCAGGACCUGAUGGGUCCCCUGAUGCAGCUCUGCCUGGAGGCCCUGCUGGGAGAACAGCCACAGCUGCUCGAUGGAAAGCAGGUUAAUGAAGUAUCGUGUGGGAUUUUCAGAUGUGACUCACAGAGACAACGUGACGGGAAAUGCUGCAAACAGCAGGCGAGGACGAUUCACUCCUGAUAUCUGCAUGCUUUUGUUUCUCACUGAAUGUAAAGCUUCACGUGUUUCUUCUGUAGUUUUUUCCAGAGCAUAAUUGAUACAGGAAGUAAAUGACUUAUUAAUGACUUAUAAAUGACUAAUUAAUUAAAACUACAAAUGAUAAAACAUUCUUAUUCAGGAUGUGUUAUUAAAAUAUAAUAGUGUUUCAGAUCUCUAAAAUCAAGUCAGAUUUAUUUCUACAGUGCUUCAUACAGUACAAAUAAUUUCAAAGCAGCUUCGCAGAAAUAAACAGGAAAAUAACAGAAUAAAUGAUGCAAACUUCAUCAGAUAUGAGACAAAUUCAGAUUCAGGAGUAAAGCAGCUCUACAGAAGACAAGAGAGUCAUUAUUCAGAUCAAGUUCUGUUCAGAUUAAUAAUAUCACUGAAUAUUGAGUGUCUGUAUAAACUCAUUGUGUUUGUUCAGAUGUUCUGGUGAACUGGGGAUGGUUGAAUGUGUGGAUGUGUUGUGAACAGAGGCUUGUACCUGAAAUGUCACGUUUGGGGGUGUUUUGAUCGCAGCCCCCUGAAGCGGCGCAGGAUGAGCUUGUAACCACAGCAGGUUCGGCUGACAUCCUGUCUCACUGUCGCUGCUCCGUCUCACUGAACCUUCAGGAAAGGCUGCUCGCCACCCUUCAGCAUAUUCCAGGAUCCUGCUCGAGUUCGGUUCCGAUAUGGGCAGUAAAGCGUUACCGGCCCCGAUCCCGCUUCACCCGGCGCUGCAGCUCAACUACACGUUUCUGCAGACGCUCAACACUUUCCCCGCGGCCGUGGAUCAUCUGUACGGGCUGAGCUCGGUCCAGAGCAUGCAGAUGAACCACUGGACUCUGGGCUACCCGCACGUUCAGGGCCUCGUGGACCCUCGCUUUCCGUUCUCCGCGGCUCUUCCCUUCGCCGCGCAUAUUUUCCACCCCAAACACGGAUCCGUGACGCGCGUCGUUCCCGCGCUGCACAAGGACAGACCGAGAUUCGACUUCGCCAACCUCGCGCUGGCGGCCACGCAGGAGGAUCCGCCCAAGCCCGGCGAUCUGUGCAAACUCAGCGGCGAACUGGGCAAACUGUCCCCGGACCGCAAGCCCGCGCGCGGGAGACUCCCGUCCAAAAGCAAAAAGGAAUUUAUUUGUAAGUUUUGCGGGAGACACUUCACGAAGUCCUACAAUCUGCUGAUCCACGAGCGCACGCACACGGACGAGCGGCCGUACACCUGCGACAUCUGCCACAAGGCCUUCAGGAGACAAGACCACCUUCGAGACCACAGAUACAUUCACUCCAAGGAGAAACCGUUCAAAUGUCAGGAGUGCGGGAAGGGAUUUUGUCAGUCGCGAACUUUGGCGGUUCAUAAAACGUUGCACUUGCAGGAAUCUCCUCACAAAUGCCCCACAUGCGGAAGAACCUUUAAUCAAAGAAGUAACCUGAAAACUCACCUUCUCACCCAUACAGACCUCAAGCCUUUCUCCUGCGGCCGCUGCGGGAAGGUGUUUCGGCGCAACUGUGACCUGCGACGCCACAGUUUGACACACACACCACAGCAGGACUACUAACUAACUAGAGAACUAACAAAUCAAACUCUGAUCUCGAGCCUCUGGCGGACAGACAGACACGAGGAGACGUCAAGCACCUAAACAGACUCUGUGAACUCAUGUAAAUAAAGUGUUUAUUGUUAUUUUUAUUAUUACCUGCAUCUGAACUCGAAGUCGUUUCGAUCUGUGUUCACAUCUGGGAGUGAAUUCAUUGUAUAUUAAAGCAGACUGCUCAAAAUGAGCACAGGAUUGGUGAAAUAAUCUGUUUCAGCAAAGACAAUAAAGUAUGAUGAAAUGAGACGCUA